GCACCACCAUACACCAUCGUCCCGGUCCCGGGUAGCGCAGUCAAUGACGACCUCAAAAUAGACCCUCAAACAGGAGAAAUAAGGACACGAGUGCCUUUAGAUAGAGAAAAUAGGGACCAUUACGCUCUAGUCGCUAUACCCGCAAGCGGAGAUAACGUCCGCGUCGUAGUUCGCGUGUCAGAUGAAAACGAUAACGCUCCAACUUUCCCCACCGCGGUCAUGAACGUUGAGUUCUCUGAGAAUACUCCUAGAGAUGUCAAGAGAAAGCUAAAUCCAGCCAAAGAUCAGGAUUUAGGAGUAUUCAAUACGCAGAGGUACAAUAUUGUAUCUGGUAAUACAGAUAACGCGUUUAGGCUAUCGUCGCAUAGGGAGCGUGAUGGUGUGCUUUAUCUAGACCUUCAAAUCAAUGGUUUCCUUGAUAGAGAAACUACUGAUCACUAUGAGUUGGUCAUAGAAGCACUUGAUGGCGGUACUCCGCCUUUAAGAGGUACAAUGACUGUAAAUAUUACCAUAUUAGAUGUUAACGAUAAUCCACCGGUAUUCGCAGAAAGUGCGUAUUCAGCUAUGAUACCUGAAAAUGCCACAGUUGGUACGACUGUGUUGAAAGUGUUUGCUAUUGAUUCAGACGCGGGUGAAAACGGUUUGAUUGAAUACUCGAUAAAUAGACGACAGAGCGAUAAAGAGAAUAUGUUUAAAAUAGACCCCAAUACCGGUGAGAUAACUGUGAACAAGGGUUUAGAUUUUGAGACCAAAGAGUUGCACGAGUUGGUCGUCGUUGCCAGAGAUAAAGGGGCUCAGCCUCUAGAGACAACGGCGUUCGUAUCUAUUCGCGUCACCGACGUAAACGAUAAUCAGCCAACGAUUGAUGUAAUAUUCCUAAGUGAUGAUGCUACACCUAAAAUAUCAGAAUCAGCUCAGUUAGAUGAAUUCGUAGCAAGAAUAUCGGUACAUGAUCCUGAUUCUAAAACUGAAUACGCAAACGUUAACGUUACGCUAAGUGGUGGUGACGGACAUUUCGAUUUAAGAACGCACGAUAACAUAAUAUAUUUAGUGGUAGUAGCCUUACCUUUAGACAGAGAGUCCCAGUCAUCUUACACUCUGAGUGUAGUUGCGACCGACAAGGGGUCACCUCCGUUACACGCAUCUCGUAUCAUCAGCCUUCGUGUGACUGAUGUAAACGACAACCCACCGGUUUUUCUAGAAAGCGAAUAUAAAACAAGUGUACCGGAAGCAGCAGCUCCAGGUACGCCGGUCAUCCAAGUAACUGCGAGCGAUGUAGACGAAGGAGAAAAUUCUGAGAUCAGAUAUUCUUUACUUCCUACACCGCAGUCAGAUUGGUUUUCGAUCGAUGAGCGUUCUGGUUUAGUUACGACUCGUGCCCGUGUCGAUUGUGAAACGAAUCCAAUGCCGGAGCUGACGGUUGUCGCCAGUGAUCGGGGCAACCCGCCAUUGUCGUCCACGGCGACGUUGUUGGUGACAGUUUUAGACGUAAACGACAACGAGCCGAUCUUCGACCAGUCCUUCUACAACGUGACCGUAUCGGAGAACGAAGCCGUCGGCAGCUGUAUUUUAAAGAAGCCGGCCGAUGGCGGGGUAACCAUCCAA